UUAAGGUAUCAUGCAGUAUAUUCAAAUGAAAGUCGUUGACGAUAAUUCUAGCAAAAAAAAACAAAUAUAUCGAAUUUUGUAAAAUGUCAACUGUAAGUCAAAUUUCGGCUAAGAAAAAAUAUAUUUUUGAAAUUAAUAAAGAUAUUUCUGUUAAGUAUUUUCUACCGACAGAAGUUGCAGUACAUAAUACAGAGAUUGAUUGCUGGGUCUCAUAUCAUGGUGAAGUAUAUGAUCUAAGUGAUCUUUGUAAAGUUUGGGCUAACAAAAGAGAGAUUAAACCAAUACUAGCUUAUGCUGGUAAGGAUAUAAGUCAUUGGUUUGAUCACGAAAAGAAUGAUAUUAAAUAUUAUGUGCAUCCUAUUACUGGAGUAUUGGUACCAUAUUGUCCUCAUGGUCCGAUUCCGGAUGUAAUACCUUCUGUGGUACCUGCUAAUAAUUGGCGAGCAUUAGACAAAUGUCCUUGGUGGUUAGACGAAAAAUAUAAAAUAGGAAAAUUAACUAAAAAAGCACGUCCAUGUAGGAUUUUAAAUGUUCUAAUCGGCAUACAAGUUGUUAUAAUGGUAGAAUCUAAAUUUUAUUAAAAAAAAAAAAUAAUCUAUGAUCGACAUGUUAAUGAAACAAAUUUUAUAAAGGUUUGUGAAGAAGAUUCUAUUAGACGUAUCCAAGAACGUGCUCUUAUUUAUAACUCAAAUGGCAUGUCUUAUACGUGGAAAUUCGAAGGAAAGGAUUUAAAUCUCGAUUUAACUUUGACAGAAAAUGGUAUUCCAGAUGAACAAGAUCGUUUUGCCGCUUGCGGCCUUCCCGAUGAUUACUAUGUCCCAUGUCUUAUGUGUUAUUUCAAUGAUAAAUAAUUUUCUAUCCGAUAAUAUUAAAGUUAA